AUGAUGGCACUAAAACCUCUGAUACCCGACAUAAAAACUUGGCGAGAAGCUCUGUUUGCUGGCCACUUCGGACCUAUUGGAGUGGGUGCCAUCUUUGUUGCUAUUCUUGCGAGAGCCGAGCUUGAGACUGACACUACAACUCCAUUAACUGAGUACCCUGACCGAGAUGCACCGAACUGGGAAUUGGUAACGGUAAUUUGGCCAAUUGUAACCUUUCUUGUUAUUUCCUCUAUUAUCGUGCAUGGAUCCUCUAUUGCCGUCUUUACCCUAGGCAAACAUAUCAAUACCCUGACACUCACAAUGUCCUACACCCAAGCCGGGGACGAUGGACCCUCUUGGAUGAAUCGUCUCCCUCGCAUCUCGUCGAUUUCGAGAUCUCAAGCUAAGACAGCAGGCUCGGAGACUGAUGGCGAGGAUAUGAGACUGGAUGAAUUACCGCCAGGUACCCUGCCACCCGCAGGAGGAAUUCCUGGAGGCUUCUUGCGCCGUCAAAAGGAGGAGGAUAAUCCAAGUCGGGCCAACAGUCGUCCUUCUUCGAUAAUUCCGCGACGCAGAAAGAAGAAGUGGGACGAUGGAGUAGGACCAGGGGGUCCUAUCAGCGAGUCGGCCAUUUAUCCUGCUCGACGAAGUCGCGAUUACUCAACUGGACAUACAUCUGAUACAUUAACGCCUGGCGAAUCUUCGCCCGAUAACGAGAAAGCAAACAUUGAUGACGAGUCAAAUGAAGGUGAACUUGGAGAAGUCCAGCACGAUCCAGAGAUGGAAGAAAUCAUGCAUCAUGGCGAGAAGCAAAGGCGACAUGAUGAGCACAUGUCAGAUGCUCAACGCAACCCUGACAAGGCGGAAGUUUAUGACGAAGGCGAUCAUAUCAUAAUCGAAAACGAAGACGGCGAUGUAUUGAAAACCCUCAAAAGUCCAGAAGCCGGGACCCCCCGGGAAGAAUUUGAGAAUCUCGAAAAGGGAGUCAAGCAAGGGCCAGGGAAAGCCUACAAAAAGUUUGGUAAGAUCAUGGGUGUUUGGAGGAACAAAGACGAGGCCAAGGAGCAUAGCGAAGGAGAAGGUUCCAAGGGGAAGAAAGGAAAGGAGCCUCGCAAGACUCGAGGUCCAGCACUGGCUUAUCAGUAUGGUAGAUCUAUUAUUGUCGAAGAUGAAGAUGGAGAAGUCGUCAAAACAUACGAAUUACCGCCCGACCCUAACAGCAAAGCCCCUAAGUCCGGCGAACCUAAUGCUGUUCGCCAAGGAAUAAACCGUAUGGGUACAUGGACAGGACUUGGUGGCAACAAGGUAGACAACUCUACCAAGACAGAUGCUACAAGUGCAGAACCAGUCCGACAAGGCAUAACUCGAAUGGGCACAUGGAAUUUUGGCAAGAAUACACCAAACACUGAAAACAAAGAAGCUGAAGAAGAAGAUGAUGAUCGUCGUAUUCGAUUCACUAUUGGAGGAGCAGGACGCCGUCUAACUAAGGAAGAUUUCUUGAAAGAAAUUCAAGGUUUAGAUCCCAAAGCAAGAUGUGAGAUUGUCGAAGAAAGUGAUGCACCCAGGGCGAUGAAGGACUUGGCAAAGAGAGACGCCAGUGAUAAAAUAAAAGGGAGCUCACGAUUGUUUGAAGCUCAAGAUACACAACUUGCUGCUGGUUCACAAACUGCACGGGUGGUUGGAAGCAAAAUGGCCAAGGCACAGGGCGCUAGAAUUGACGCAAUCACAGAAAGCAGCCCAGCAGGAAGCAGCAAGAAUGAUGUACCUGAGACAGCUGCAGAAAGGAGAAGAAGACAUGACGCUUUGAAAGGAGUAGAGGAAGAUGAAGAGACAGAUGAAGCUAGAGGACGGGGAAGGGGACGUGGACGUUCUCCUAGUCGUGGCGGUAACGGUCCAGAAGAAAAAGAAACGCCAGCAGAAAAGCGAAGACGGGAAGCAGCUCUUGGAGAAAGCGUACAGAGCGAUAGUGAUGAUGACGAUACUCCGAGAGUGCCACCACCAGCUGUACGCAGCAGGGGUAUUAGAUUCGCGCAGAGUCCUGUGAGAGGAAAGAAGUAGUUAUGGAUAUAUUAUGUACAUGCCGGCGGAUUUUUAAUGUUUUUCAAAAGGAGUUGAUCUCAUGUUACCAUAUUGUUGGGGAAGAAAUAACGGCUUUACUUGAUAAUGUUGCUACGAAAAUCUUGAGAUGAUACCUAUGUAGAUGAGCAAACUGGCAUUUUCGGAAUCAUGAUUGUUGGGUGUUGGGUAAUUUUGAAUGGGUGGUUAUACAUAGCAUAUGGAUUAACGUCAUAGAAUGAUAGAAUAUUGAAUUAGAUGGAUAGUUAUGGGUGAUGUGAAAAAAGAUGUGAUCGACUAUGACAUGUAUCUGUGUUACUG